AUGCUUAGAACUAAAAUGAGGAAUCCGCCAAGGAGACUCGCUCAGCCCAUUGUUAUCCAAUAUGGGAGUAAUCCUAGUCGCACGAAGAAGAAGAAGAAGAAGAAUCUUCAAGAAAAAACGUCAAAUGACAAAAUCACACUAAUUCCAUUCUACGGAGGAGGAAAAGGACAAUCUCUUCAAAUUAUAGAAAAGUCAGAUGGUUCGGUUAUAACAUCUAUAAUUAAGACGCCACCAAAAGGUGACGAAGAUGAAAGUACGAGUAUAGACAACAUAAUUAAUACAUCUGAGCUAGAAAAUCCACCACUUCCAUCAAAAUUCGAUUUGGAAGAUUUCGGAAAGAAUCUAAAGAAUAUACAAAACUUUGCUCAGAAGAUAAUAUCACUACAAGAAAUUCUAAAACAAAAAGGAAAAUUAAGUCCGGCUCAAGAAACAGCGUAUAAAGAAAAUAUGGAUAGCCUAAGUUCAUCUGCGUUAAGAUUGGCUGAAAUACAAGAAAAGUCCAAUCCUAUCGGAUUAGAAAAUAGAGAAGGUAUAAGUGCUUGGUUGGAAAACAAGAAAAAUUCAAACAACAAAAAUAAAAACAAAAAGAAAGAAGAAGAUAAGAAAAAAGACGAAGAGAAAAAACGCAAAGCCGAUGAAGAAAAAAGAAAGGAGGCCCAAAAACGAAAAGAAGAACAAUUAGAAGCAGAAAAGGAAAAAGAAAAGGAAGGUGAAAAGGAAGAAGGCAAUCAAGGAGAAAAAGAAGAGGGAGAAAAAGAGGAAGAAACUGACAGCGAUACCAUUGGAAUCGGUUUACCAGCAGAUGAAGCUUCUGUAGCCGAAGCCAGACCUGUUGGACUAGCGGUAGCAGGUGAAGGUGGCGUAGCUGCAAGUAAACCAAUAGCUACCGCUGUUGUAGGUCCAGGGGGAUUAGCUAUAGCCAGACCAGUAGGAACUGCGAUAGCAGGAGUCGAUCCAGCGCAAGCGUUGAUACCAAUCCACGCGGAGAAUUAUGUUUUGGGUUCAAAACCAAAAGCAGGUCACACUGAAACGGCAAAUGAAUAUUUAAGCAAACUAAUCACUAAAUUUCAUCAAAACUAG